AUGCGUUUCUCUGUAGCCUCUGCAGUUUUGGCGCUCGCCUCCGUUGCUUCUGCUGCUUCCUCGUGGACAUUUGCCGAAGGUACUGUCAAAGUGGCCUCGAAGAGCGGCAAUGAUGCGGUAGAGAAGUUCGAUGGCACUGCUCGUGUCCGAAACACACUCACUUUGGGCCACCAAGACAAGCUCAAGGUUACGGUGGUAACGAAAGAUGGCUCCAAAGCGAAGCGACCGCACCAGGCUUUCCUCGUUGUGAAGGAGUCAAUAACUGGACUGGAGGCACCUUUCCCCUUGGCCGUAAAGGAAUCUGGAAAGGGAUCUGUUGAGAUUUCACAAAAAGAUCUCCCCAGUCAACUGCUCCUCUCCGACAGCCCUCUCUCCGCCAGCCUCAUCAUCGCAUCUUUCGGCUCCUCCCAAGGCUCGGUCACUCCUGUUUUUGACUUCAACGUCAAGCGGGACCCUGGUGCCACUGUCGAAGUCCCCGAGAAGCCGCUGCGAUAUGGCAAGCUUGCUGAGAUCCACCACAUCUUCCGAGCCGACCCCAAGAACCCUCCCGUGAUCAUCUCGCUUGUAUUUUCAAUUGCUGUUUUGGCUACCGUGCCGGCACUGUUCAUUGGCUGGUUUGCUCUUGGCGGAAACUUUAAUCAUGCGCAGAAGGCUUUGGGAAAUGCCCCCAUCUCUCACGCCGUAUUCUUCGGCUCAAUCAUUGCGAUGGAGGGCGUCUUCUUUCUCUACUAUACACAGUGGAACUUGUUCCAGGCGCUCCCCGCGAUUGGCGUUGUUGGCGUCACUGCCUUUUUGAGCGGAAACAAGGCCUUGGGAGAGGUCCAGCGCCGUCGCCUGGCUGGCGAGAGGUGA